UCCUAAGCUAAACGGAACCCUCUAGAACCCAAAGUUUUUCUCUUUCAAUUCUUCCUCAGUCAAUUCAACUCCCUUUCAAUUUCAACCCUAUCUCUGCUCUCUUCUUCUUCUUCUUCUUCAUUUUUUGGGUCUCUCUGUUUACAAGCUUUUCAGUUAUGGCAUCGAAACGCAUCGUCAAGGAGCUCAAGGAUUUGCAGAAGGACCCUCCUACUUCCUGCAGCGCAGGUCCCGUGGCGGAGGACAUGUUUCACUGGCAGGCAACAAUCAUGGGACCUCCUGAUAGCCCAUAUACCGGUGGUGUAUUCCUAGUUUCAAUUCAUUUUCCUCCUGAUUAUCCAUUCAAACCACCAAAGGUUGCAUUUAGGACUAAGGUAUUCCACCCAAACAUCAACAGUAAUGGAAGUAUAUGCCUUGACAUUCUAAAAGAACAAUGGAGCCCAGCACUAACCAUUUCUAAGGUCCUUUUGUCCAUUUGCUCACUGUUGACGGAUCCCAACCCUGAUGACCCGCUUGUGCCUGAAAUUGCCCACAUGUACAAGACUGACAGGGCUAAGUAUGAAGCCACUGCUCGUAGCUGGACACAGAAGUAUGCCAUGGGAUGAUCAUGCUCCUCCUUUAGCUGCACAAUCAUGAUUUUUAUGAAGAAACAAAAUUUACUUUUAAUGAAUGUUUUAUCUUUUUUUGUCAGUGUAAAUCAACCAUGGUAAGGGAAUUGAUUGUCACUUUGUGAAUAUUUCUUUGCAAGACAUCGGUCAUGGUCUCAUGGAAGAAAUUGUAUUAUAAUGUCACAAUUUUUCUGCUUGUUGACUAGCUAUUCUAAAUGAUGGUAAUCAAAUUAUAGUUAGGAACAGGUACUAUCGGCUUA